AUGGCCUCCCCCCGAUUAGAGACCUUUUGUUGCCCCAACCGGGAUGCAGCCACACAGCUGGUCUUGGCGUUCCAGCCGAAGGUCUUCUGUGGCGUUUGCAUUGGCAGUGCCUCCGCCGGUUUGCUGCUCAGCAUCCUGCAGCUCCUCCCCAAGAAGGGACAAGGCCCCCGGAAGAUGCCUAAAGCUUCCUCUUCUACCACCAUCCUCCUCCUCAUCUCUGCCUGCGACAUGUUUGGCUCUCUAGGUAUAAUCUUCAGAUCAACUGUCUGGUUAGGGUUUCCAGGCUUUGUAGCAAACAUAUCUCUGGUGAAUGGCACUGAUGUGUGGCCUGCUGCCUUUUGUGUGGGAAGUGCGAUGUGGAUCCAGCUUUUGUACAGUGCUGGGUUUUGGUGGCUGUUUUGCUAUGCUGUAGACUCCUACUUGGUAGUUAGAAGAUCAGCAGGACUAAGUACAAUUGUGUUGUAUCACAUGAUGACAUGGGGCUUGGCAAUCCUGUUGUGUGUGGAGGGAAUUGCUAUGCUAUACUACCCUUCAGUUUCUAGUUGUGAAAAUGGUCUGGAGCACGCAAUCCCUCAUUAUGUCACUACAUAUGUUCCAUUGGUACUUGUGUUGCUGGCCAACCCAAUACUUUUCAGCAGAACAGUAACAGCAGUGGCUUCUUUACUGAAGGGAAGACAGGGCAUCUAUACAGAGAAUGAGAGACGCUUGGGGACAGAGAUCAAAGUCCGCUUUUUCAAAAUUAUGCUAGUCUUCGUUAUUUGCUGGUCAUCAAACAUUAUCAAUGAGAGCCUUCUGUUUUACCUGGAAAUGCAACCCGAUAUCAAUGGAAGCCCCUUGAAAAGUGUCCGAAAUGCUGCACUGAUCACAUGGAUUAUAAUGGGAGUACUGAAUCCAAUGCAAGGCUUCCUCUUCACUCUGGUUUUUUAUGGAUGGACUGGGUGGAAAGUGGACCUGCCAUGGCGAAAAAGUGAAAUACCCUGGGAGUCCUUGUCUACAUCCAAUGCUGCUGAAAAUGCCUAUGCAUUGCCAGGUGGGAACUCAGUGAAUUUCCACGAUUCAAAGACAGCAACUGCUGCACCAAACCAUCAGACGGAUGAGACCUUAAGCAUGCUGUCUGAAGGAAAUCUUGCUAGUGAUGAUAGGCUAACUAGGAAUUCUCCUGUUUACCAGGGCUGGUGAUUUGCACAACACAGGCCUAGUUCACACAUGCCUGCCUCUCACAUGA